AUGUGUCAACCAGCUGUAGUAACACUUACAAAACCAACUCUCCAUAUUUACAGAGAUUGUUUAAGAUUAGCAAAAUAUAUAGGUGAAUUUAAUGGUCAUAGCAACAAUAUGAUGAAACAAGUUGGUUUGGUUUUUAGAUCAAACAAACUCGAAAUUGAUGAUAAGAAAAUAAAUGAACAAAAAACAGAUGCUAUUCGUUUCUUAACCAAUUUUAUGCAACACGAAGCUGAAAGAAUGGCUAGAAACCAAAAGAAAUCAGAAAAAGAAUCAACUGCCACACCAAGAACUAAAGCAACUCUUGAUUAA